AUGGAUGUUGAGCCCAGCAGUUCCCAGCCGGCCUACGCCAUGGACAAGCAGAUCAUCGACCAGCUGGCCGAGGUCAAGAAGUGGCGCAACGCCUUUCAGAAGUACCAACAGAAGACAGCGAAUGCCGCCGAAGAGCUGACGCGCGCCAACGAGCGGCUGUCCGAUCUCGUGCUGCACUGGAAGAACAAACUGGUCCCACGCUCGCCUCACGAAAACGACCCGUCUGCCGAGCGCAAUAGGGAGGAUAGCCAAAGCGACGGGGAGCUCAGCGCGAGCGCACCGCUGUCUUUCUCCACCUCGCUGCGCGCCAGGGGCGAGCCGGUCGUAGUGCCGCGCGUCGAGCGAGUCGUCACCCAGCCGACACGUCGGGUGGUGGAAAAGGCCACUAGGACGCUCGAACGCCGUGCAUCGCCGCCUCCGCGGCCUUCCACGCCGCCAAGGCCCUCGCCGCCGCCUCCAAAACCUUCCACCACCAGCGGCAGCGCUGGUAGCAGCAACGCGAGCAGCAGCAGCGCCGGCAAUAGCAUCAAAGUCGAACCGGAGGGCGAUGACGAUGAUGACGCAGGCAACGGUGGGUCCGAGACCGAACUCGAAGACUACCGACCCACGCGAAGCCACUUCGUCCUCAUCUUCGUCCUCAUCCUCCUCUUCCUCUGCGUCAACGUCCUCCAAUUCCUCGUGGUCGGCGCCUCCGCCCUCCAGUUCCUCCACCUCGUCUUCCAAGCCAGGUACAAGCCUAGCUCCAAUAAGGAGCGGAAGAUGACGCAUCUGCGCCAGAGCUACGUUACGGGCCACACCAAGAAGCUGCGCUCGCUCGUAUUCAACCCGACCACGCCCAACCUGCUGGCCACCUGUGCGCUCGACGGCUUCGUCAAGAUCUGGAACCUCGCCAGUGCCCACUCGUCGCUGCAGGAGGUGGCGUCAGUGAACACUACUAGCGCGAGCAAGAUCUAUCCCAUCGACAUGACGUGGAGUUCUACCGGUGGCCAGUGCGCGAUCGUCUUCAACAACGGCCGCGCGGGCAAUCAGCCACAGCUGGCGAUUGUGGACGCGAGCAAGGCGGAGACGGCGCAUAAGCUGGGGCUGGUGCGCUACUUCCCGGGCCAGUCCAACCGGCUGCUCACGGGCGGCACCGACCACACGGUGGUCGAGUGGCGCAUCGAUGGCGAGCACACGUCGCAGAUCCAAAGCAUGUCCAUCGCCGACGACAUCCUCUUCACCGGCGGCGCCGACAGGCGAUUUGUAGCGUGGAAUUUGCCGCAGGAUCGGUUGGUAUGGGAGGAGCGCAUCAACGAAAAGGUUAACUUCGUAGAACCCAGUCCGGCGGACAGCAACAUCAUCAUGAUCGGCAACACGGGCAAGAGCAACCAGUUGGCGCUGUUCGACCGACGGAUUCAGGAGCGCGUGGUGCAGCUGGGCUGGACGCCGCAAACGUCAGUGUCCAUGAGCCAGUUCAUUCACCCGGCCUGGUCCCCCUGCGGCACCCUCGUCUCCUCUGGGAGUACCGACCCGACGAUCCACAUGUUUGAUGUGCGCUAUGCGCGGGUCGGCAAGCCCUCGUUCUCCGUAGCAGCACACGGGAACUAA